UCACGAGAUGAGGGUGUUUUACGGCACAUUGACGUUUUGCAGUAACCGGAAGUAACCCCUCCAGGAAGGAAAGAGGAGGCAACACGAGUGUGGCUCAGCAGAACUUACAACAACACAAAGACAGGGACUGACGAAGAACAGGGAGUGUUGUCAGUCAUCACACAGGCACUGUUGUGUCAGCUCAGCUGCCUGACUCUUCUCUCUUCACUCACAGUGUAACCUUAUAACAACCGUGUAUGUUCCUCUCACAUUUCGGACAAAAAGAACUGUUAACCAAUCUCAAGGUGUUCAAGACUAACAAGACCAAGAACAUGUUUGAAAAUACACUUUGGUUUUCUCCGGAUCGGCAAUGACUAAUACGUCCUUAACGAACAGAUAGAUGGUUGGUUCAACACUAACAAAUGAGUUACUUAAUGACAUCCAUUAUUAACUGGUUGAAGCACAAUGCUGUGCCCUUCGACUGUUAGAACUUACAGGAGGUUCUAUGCCAUCUAUGCCUUAACUUUUCUGGUCCUUCUCCCAAUCCUAUGCAAUGAGCUUCCCUACUCCAAGUACUACACCAGGUCAGUGAGGAGAGAGGAGGGAGCUCGAAGAGUUGAGGCUGAGAACCAGGACAGGGUGGCGGACGCACAAUUUUUCCUGAAUCAGAAUGGGCCACACAGCAGGACGUUCAGGCUGCUUCGGCAAAGACUGGAAAGAAAAUCCAAACCCGAACUUGUCAUAACCGUGGUCACGAUCGCUAGGAGGUCGGGGGUGAAGUCCAAACCUGGUCCGCAGUAUUUGACCCAGGUUGUGGCCAGGUUUGCAGAGCUGCUAAUGCGUCAGGAAAACGUCGUCUUUCAAGUUUGCAAUGUCGACACUCCCCCAGAAAGCCACAGGGAAGCCAUGUACUUAUCCAAGUAUGUGCCAGUGAUAAGUAAGAACAGUUCGGAACCGGUGCCAACGAAUGUUCACAUUCAGAAGUUUGAGAAAGAGAAGCAGGAUUACGUCUUCUGUAUGGAGCGUAGUUUGGAGUUGAAUCCGAGCUACGUGUUGAUGGUACAGGACGACGCAGUGCCGAGAACCGAGUUCUUCACGGUUUUCCGACACUUGCUGAAGUAUAACAUCGAGGGGAAGGUCAUUCGCGGGAACCUACGGAGCAACCCAGAGAAGUGGGCCUUCUGGAAACUGUACUACCCCGAGAGAUGGCAGGGGUACGGUAACGAACAACGACUGUUCUUAGAGCUAAUCUGCAGCGGUCUCAUAGGAGGCACCAUUUUUGUUGUCUCCACCUUCGGAUUCACCACAGAACGUGAUGCGAAAAAGAGAACUACGGUUUUCGUGCUGGGCUUUUUCUACGCCGUGCUGUUGUGCCUUGCCGUCGGGAGACAGUACCUGAUCGAGCUGCGUCGGAUGUCCGUACACACGUACGCUAUCGUUGAUGCGCCCGACUGCUGUAUACCUGCCGUCUUAUACAACUCUGACCAGGCCGCUGCCAUUGUAGAGUACUUAAAGGGACAGACCUGUAGUAGCGUCCUACCUAUAGACCUGGCGUUGGAUAAAUAUGUGCACAGCUCAGGGUUGAAACAAUAUCUGGUGGAACCGAACCUGUUUCACCACAUCGGUAUUGUUUCCACCCUGCAUGCAGGGAUCAAGAACCCAGUGGACUUCUAGGUGGACAUUUAAAAAAAAAUCGAGAUAUCAGUGGCUAAGUUUUUUAAACCAAAGAGUAUGAGGCACCUAAAGUAAUGACUAACUUAUAUGUACUUAGAAAAAUGAGUGAUAAGAAUUAGCGUUGGCUACUGACUGUCUGCCCCAUAAGUUCAUGUUGAUUUGAUUAUGUGGAUGCCAUCCUCUGGGAACCCCCAAAACUGACGGGGACAUGC